AUGUACUCCAUGCUCAAACAGGUUGACUAUCCAGUGAUAGGAGGAGGAGGAGGAGGAGGAGGAGGAGAGGAGGAAGAGCAGAGGUAUAAACACCUGCCUGUGAUCCCUGGAUGUGAACCAGGACCCCAGGGGCCCAACGGACCCCCAGGACCAGAGGGUCCCAGUGGGAUGCCAGGAAUUAGAGGACCAAAGGGAGAACAGGGAGAGAUCGGACGACCAGGGUCAAAGGGUCGUACUGGUCCUCCUGGGUUACCAGGUAGACACGGACCAGCCGGAUGGCCCGGUCCAGAGGGACCCAACGGAGAGAUGGGAUCGAAGGGAGACCCGGGAAUUUCAGGCAAAAGAGGUCCCGCUGGCCGACCUGGGAAGACUGGAAAACAGGGUAAAAAGGGUCAGGGUGGAAUCCCAGGUCCUAUGGGUCCUACAGGUCCUGCUGGUCCCUCUGGUCAUCCUGGACCCCCUGGACUACCUGCCUCAGCCCUGUACCUGGUGGGGGAGAAGGGAGAAAAAGGUGUAGCAGGACAUCCAGGUCACUGUGACUGUAACACCUAUGGUGGUAACACCCCUCAGGGAGUCAACAGCCCCCCCUACGCCAGUUACACACAACGGGGCAACUAUCACAAAGUCCCUGCGAUCUUUGUAGUGGACAGUGAGGAGGAGUUAGACCGUCUCCACACGGUCAAUGCCAUCGCCUUCAGGAAGGACCAGAGAUCUCUCUACUUCAAAAACAAAGAUGGCUGGCAGCCCAUACAGCCGGUCCAGGCGUUCCAGUCGACAGAGAAGGUUCCGGAGAGGAUUGGUGUGUGUGGGGACGGACUGGUGCAGGCGCAGAACGGAGAGGAAUGUGACGACGGAAACAAGGUCAUCACGGACGCCUGUCUCAAUUGUAGGUGGGCGUACUGUGGAGAUGGCUAUCGUCAUGAGGGCCUGGAGGACUGUGAUGGAAAAGACUUUGGCUACCAGACCUGCACAUCAUAUCUCCCUGGGUCUUUUGGGAAUCUCAGGUGUACCGAGUCCUGUUCCAUUGAUUCUACUGGCUGCAAAUACUUCACCUGAGCCAAUGAGAAGAUGUUAUUGCAGUAUUACCAAUUGUGAUUGGUCCACCUUCAGCGAGCCUCUAUUUUGAUAGGUUUCUACUUCAGCUCUGUUCUGGAGUGUUCCAUAAAGGAGGGCACCUACCUCUUAUAUGACUGACUGUGUGCAAUUAUGAAAAACUAAAACAAACAAUGCAUUUUCCUGUAAGCUACUGUUGGGGGACAGCUACGGCUACGGGAGAUCCCUGUAUUCUGUCUGGAUGGUUUUGGCCGCAUGACUAGGGCUGUGUGACUGUUCUAGUGGCUCUACGCUGGUAUCUCUGGCUGUAGCUGUUAACGAAUG